CGCAGCCCGAGAAGCACGGACCCACGAUUCUACGAACGCGUUCUAAUCUCUAUUUAACAAUCAGUGAAAUCGCGAGUUCUCCUUUCUUCAUCGAUCCAAGUCCUUUACAGUCGUGUAUAUAAAAAGUUCUAUGAAAUUUUAUCCGUGAAAUCGAUGACUAAAAUAUCCUGACAAUAAAUAAAUUGCUAGUUUUUCUUUGUCGGUCCAAUUUCUUUCUAAAAACGUGAACAAUUGUGGAUAAUUUGAGUAAAAACAAAAACUCCCACGUCAAAUCUUCUGUUAAUCCCGAGUUCGUAGAAUAAAAAAUUACGAAGCUUUAUGCAGAGAAAAAAAACUCGAAAUAUUUUUUUUUCGUAACAAAUGAUCCGGUUACCGUCAACCAUCGUUAGUACGCGUUACAAUUGAUGAAUAAAUAAUUGUUCGUUCUAAAAUGAACGGGUUGACGACUUAACAAUUGCAUGCGAAUGAACUUCGGGAACUUUUUCAACUUCAGUAAUUCACCGACCACAGGAUUCCUCAUCUCUGGAUAGUUCCCGAUUAAAAUGACGGCACUAAUUUUGGCUACGGGAAUAUUUCUGCUCGGUGUCGCGAUCGGGGAGAUCUCAGGACAAGCGAGUAUAGCUCGAGUGUCACGUUGCUCGCGAGACGAUCAUCAGAAAUGUAUAGCCUUGGCUGACCCUCUCUUGAAAGACCCUCAUCUUAUAUUCCCGGAUAAUAUGAGGGACAUUGACAUGGUUUGCCGAACUUGGUCGAAUUUCGUCGAUUGUACAAAACAGUACAUCGAUAAUUGCUUCUCCAAACGAAGGCAGGAGCAGUUCAAUGCAGCCGUUGAAGUUCCAAUUGCCUCGGUUCAUCAAAUGUGCUCGGUUUCCACUUACCAAGCUGAAUAUUUACAGUACGCCAGCUGCCUCAAAGCUACAGUCAUCGAAUCCGAGCACUGUGGCAAUCAGUAUGCUGCUCUCGUGGACGAAGUUUCCAAGGGUGAAAUGGCCAGGACGAGUCUCUGCUGCUCUCACUAUCAUUUCCGAUCCUGCGUCAUUUACGAAACGAAGAAAAAGUGCGAUGCGAAUCAAUCGGGAGGCGCUGCUUCAAGGUUUUCGCGUCAAGUGUUGGACAAAGCUUUGAGCUUUUUGCAGGAUCAGUGUCAAAAUUACAUACCAAAUAACGCAGAUUGCCCUCACGCUGUGACCGAUCCCGGAUCCUCUUUGACCGUGAGUCCGCUCGAGGAAACUCGUCUCAAUCUCCAGGACAACAACAAAGGACGCACUUAUUUGAGAACCUUAUCGCCCGACAACAACGCGAUUCAAGCGAGUAAUUUCCAUGGAACGAGCGCAAAUACAGCUCACCCUUCUCAAUACAAGAGCACCGGAAGAGCUCUCAAUUCUUAUCCCACUCAACACACUGAAAGCGACAUUCCUGACAGCAGGGCGUCUCCGACCCGAGUUUCAACGGAUGUAAAUAAUGCCAAAAUCCCAACUCAGCCACCGCCGCAGACUUUCUCUUCUCCUUCUCCUCCUGCUUCUCAUUCUUCAUCUUCUUCACAAUCUGCUCCUUCUCCUCCUCUUUCUUCUUCUUCUUCUUCACAAUCCGAUCUUUCACCACAUUCUGCUUCAGCUUCUGGCACUCCGUCCUCAACUUCUUCCUCUGUUUCUCCAAAGGCGCCCACAGAAUCGGAGGACAAAGUCAUUUUGCACGAAACGAAUCGUGUUCCGAUGGAAUCCAAUGAGGAACCGGCGGUCGUCGUGACGCAGCGUCCAUCGAACUACGGCAGAGGCAUGUCCUGGACAUCACCGGCGACGAAACCGUCCACGGAAAUCCCGGCAUGGGCAACGAGCACUUGGCUUACAUCGAAUCAGGCUCCGGUAACCGACGAGUCAUGGUAUCCUGCGGCCGGAAGUUUCGGUGGUAAUCACAUAGACGAGCCUAAUCAGCAAGGAUUAUCGAAAAACGGUCAAGCUAGCUUGAGAUCGGAGUUGCUCUAUCUCGGGGUUUUAUCCAUCCUCGUUUAUUUAUGUUAAAUCUAAACGUUUCGUUGUUUUCCAACUACUGCAAAAUCACGGAUCCUCGUUUUAAGUGGCAUCGAUGUUUAUAGAUGGGUCAAGAGUUCAUUUCGAGCAAUGUUAUUUGAAAAAUCGUCAAUCUUUUAAUCGUACUGUUUUUUUAAGGAUGUUUCGGAGAGACGUAAAAAAACGUUUGUCAAUCAUUUCCCAGACCUUGAUCGAACAUUUUCUUAACUCACAUUUUAACGCGUCUUUUUAAACAUAAUUUUCCUAUGUGAGAAUUGAAAUCCUCCAGCAAAAUAUUCGCUCAGCAAAAUAGCAAUUCAAGAAAGACAAACAGAAUUUUCAAUUCGGAAGGAAUAUGCCGAAAAAAUUCAACAUUUCAUUGAAUUUUAAUGGACAAUGGUCAUGGAUUUGAUAAUAUUCUAAACAUCCUUAAAAGAUAUUGUGAAAAUAGUUAAGUUUUCUCUGGGUUGUUGGUAGAUUCGCUUGGCUACGAAAAUUUUUAGAUUGCCAUACGUCAUGUAAGUUGAAAUAUAUCGUGAUAGAGGUUUUUAUGGUGCAUUAAAUGCGUCGCUGUUGACGAAGGCCGAGCUCUCUUCGAAUCUUGGUAAAUGGAAUUUUGUUUAUUAAGCUAUUAUAUAACAAAUAACAAUAUUAAUCACAAACUUUAAA